AGGCGGAGCUCCGUCGCUGCGUUUGACAGCUGUGAGACAGAAAAUGUGCAUCGAAUAAGAAGGUCGGGGCUGAGGAAACCAUGCUGCUCCAAGGCAACCACACUGACUCAAGGAACGGGAUGGAUUAUGGCCCUUUAUAGCCUGCGACUGCCCUCGUAAAUCUGGGCCAGUGCGAGAGCAAAUAAUACAACAUAAAGGAAAUAAUUAGCUUUUAUUGCACAUUAUUUCUGGAUUUUCUUUGGGGGAGGGAGAGUUGGGAAUGCAGCGUGCUUUUUCGUUCCCCGCAACUGUGGAGCGCAGUCGGACUAAGGAGCGCUUGGAGGCGAGUCUGGCCGGACUGUGUGAGCUGGAGCUCCGCAGGCAGAGGCAGGAGGGUCUGGUACUGGGAGCGCUUGCUCUGGGAGAUCCUUUGGCCCAUAACGGUUCCAGAGGAGAGCUGGCAUGCUUCAGCAGCUGGCGGCAGGAAAACUUGACGCUGAGGCGUCAGCUGAGUGCACUUCAGAGUUCUCCAUGGGGCCUAAUGCAGGCGCUGGAACAGCAGGUGGGAGAGCUGAGGGUUGACAUCGGCGAUGGCUGCUGUGAUGGAGCUCAAGGAGACACUGGCGACAGUCGACCGAGUUCUGGUUUUUAUGAAUCAAGUGAGGGUCAGUCGCCAAAAGGAAAACCUUCCACUGCUGAGCCUGCAGAGACUGUUUCUUCAUGGGCUUACAAUAACAUCAGGCCCAAAUCUGUAGGAGACUCCCUUGUGCUGAAUGGAGAUUUUGAUGUACCAGCCCCACGCCCCAUCAUACCCCGCUCUUUCUCUGCUCCUCAACCACCACUGGAGGGCAUCAUGGAAGAGGGCUCAGCUGUGGAUUCCUGGCAGUGGAACUCCAAUGGAGCCAGUCACAGCUGGCAGCAGCACCCUGCAGAGGAUCAGGUCACCGAGGAGGACUACCAGCAGGCUUUAAGGGUAGAGGGUUAUAUCCUGAGUCUCAUCCAGCGCCAUGCCCUCUCACAUCGGCCAUGUCAGCCUCGCACCACCCUGAGCCCUGACCCCUCAUACUCUUCUGCUUCUGGACAUAGCUCCCAGCACAGGAUAACUCCUUCUCUAACCACAGAACAACGCCUUCCUGACCUCCAUCUUCAGCCCCAUGUUGACCUAUCGGCAAACCCUAAGAGCCAGGGAUGGGGUUGUGACCUGCCAGAGGGGGAGGCCUUUGGAGGUGAGGCCCCGUCUUUUGAGGAGGGCUGUUAUUUGGCUCUGCCCUACCCCCAGUCCAGGCCACACUCCCUGGCUGGGAGGCUACCAUCACCUUUGCCCUCAAUGGACCCAAACAGUGGUGUUGGGGCUCUUGACCUUUGUGGUGAACCCCCAUCCCCCCAGCAUUAUCUUUAUCCACAACCUCCUAUUCCUCAAAUGCACAAUUUAGUAAGUGCUCAGUACAUCCCCGGACAAGUCUGCCAUGCCCCUGUGAGAUCACCCAGACAUUUCAAAUCAGAGCAGUCAAAGCCCAACCGAGCCACCACCUCGCCUGACCACCCCAACUCCAAGUCCAGAGCAUCUAAAAAAAGUCACAAUGAUCGGCAAAGAUCCAAGAAAGCAAGCAGUAAAACCAGUCGAUCCCAGUCAGAAAACAGUCUUCUGGGUCAGAGGGUACUCCCCGAAAGAAGGUACAGCACCACAGAGAGGCGUCAAGGCAGAGCCAAUCCUGCUCAGAACCAGAGUCAGGUAUGUGGACCUCAGGUGAGCAACAAUAGCCACAAUGGGGGCCGACGCUGGUGCUCCAACCUUGAGCUCAGCCAGGAUGAGGGUGAAACACAGGCAACGCAGGUAAAUAAACGGCCACCUCGAAAAGCUCGCCAAGGCCACUCUUGCUCUCACACCCAACAGCAGAACGUACAGCGCUGGCACCAGGACCGUCAGGGAAGAGCACCCAUCUGUCAGGGGGAGGAAGGCUAUGCUGGUGCUGCCCCUGCAGAGUCCGAGUCCAGCAUGAGUGAGGUGUACUCCCCAGCCUCCAGCUCACUGUCCAGCGACUCAGAUGAGAGCGGGGGGCUAGUGUGGCCCCAGCAGCUGCCACCUCGUCUCGCUUCCACCUCUUCUUCCUCUCCUUCAUCACAAGCCACUGCCAAUGUUUCGACUCAGCCAAAAGCCUUUGUCAAGAUCAAAGCCUCCCACGCACUCAAGAAGAAGAUACUAAGAUUCCGCUCAGGGUCUCUCAAAGUAAUGACCACUGUAUGAGCAAACAGUCAAAACUAUUACUUUUUACUUUUCUGUAUUACAAAACUGCAUGCAGAGCAGCAUUAAGCUGUUACUUUUGGUCACAAACCAUUUGCCAAAUAAUAUUAUCCUUUCUUUAUAUUCAGCCUACCUCUACCUACAGUAUGUUUUUGAUAAGAUGCCUCAUCAUCAAUGAGUGUCCUUUAUCUAUGGUGUCUGAUUCAGUUUAUCUUGCAGCUGUUAACUGCCAGACAGCAGACUAAUGGGGAUUAUCCCACUCUGAUGGUUGAUAACUGAUAUCAAGUUACACUGUGCUGACAUGAGCUGCAUUGCAACUAAGUAGCCAGAUAUGCUUCAGAUUUUUAUAGAUGUAUUUUGCUUUUUAAGUUAAUUAAUCAGAGCAUUUUGAUUAAUUAAUCACUACAGUGUAGAGACAGCCAUGCAAGAGUCUUUGCCACUGAUAAUUAUUAUAAUUUAAACAAUUUAUGACUGUUUUUAAGCCAGCAGUGCUUUAGAGAUCAAAUUAAAGUGUCUUAUCUCCAAGAUGGCAGGUGAAUUUACUCUCCCUUUCAGAGAGUCAAAGCUUCUUUAAUAAAUUUGUAACGAUUUUCCUUUUAGGAAAUUAAGACCUCACAUUUAGUAUAAUUAGCUGCACUGCACAGACUCAGAACCAUGCCCACUUGUGUUACCAGCUGAUUGAUAUUACGCUGUAAAUAACAAGUAUGUGGUAUGGUCUCUAUUUUCCUGUCAUACUGUAUAGCACUGUUCAUUUCAGGAAAACCCUUUGGACCUCAUUUGGAAUUAUUAGGCUGUUAUUGUCAAACUUAAACCUCUACACUAAAUAAAAGGGGUAUGGAUUUGUGAUGCACUCAGAUAACAUCCUUGAAGAAAAACUAUUCUUUUGUGCUGCAGAAAACAAGUUUCCAUUUGAUAGGCACUGUUUCAAAUUCCAUAGGCUGAUUGGGAAGCAGGGAAGUGCACUACUGCUUCUCUGUAACCAGCUAAUGGGGACCAGUGAGGAUCACUUAGGAGGUCAAUGGGAGUGAUGAGUUCAGUAGAAGCUAUGUAAGCAGACCAGUAUGCAUCCAUGCAUGUGUGUACAGUAUGUUCAAUUUGUGUUCAAUGAGGUACACACAAACAAACUGUAGAUAUGUUUGAUUUUAUAUAUAACAUCACGUGGCCUUGUUUGGAAUGAAUGUAGCUUGUAAAUAACAAUUUUGUGUCAUUUUUUUGUAACUCAAAUACAUUUUUUCUAUUUUGCUCACCCUUUAAAGGAGACGUGUAUGCCUUAGACAGGAGGCAACAUGAGAUGCGUGCAGUACAGAAGGUCUUUGCAAACACUAGGAAGCACUAACCCUAACAUGUAGCAUACAAAAAAAUGACAGGGACUAACUCAGCUAAAAGAUUACCAAGCUUUGGAAUUCAAAUGAAACCCAAUUCAAACCCCAAGCAUUUCUAUGGGAAAUGCACUGUACACCUAGAGCUUUUGCUAAUUUCUCCACUUCAAGCAAACCACACAAACAAUUUGAAAGCUGAGACUGUUUCUUUCAAAGAUGUUUGUCUCAUCACUGUGUGACAAAAACUCUGAGAGCUAGCAGCCGAAGAGUAGCAAAGAAAAAAGAAUCCCAAAAUCAUAAAGCAUGUCUUACUUUUGCUGUUUUGUGGUCAAAAGUUUCAUGCCACCUCAGAAAAAAAAAAAAAAAACUGCUAAUGUGUUCUAUGAUUUUGCCUUUAUCUGAAA